AUGGAGAAGCUUGAAUGCCCUUCUAAACAAAGGAAAAACAAGGCACAAAUAACCAUAGAUAUUGGAGGAUCGGUUGUGUUGGGUUUUGUAUUCGUUGUUACUAGUUUGAUUGCUGCUGCUUUUGCUGUCAAGAGAAGGAGGAGAAAAGACGCCGAUAAGGAGGACUUACCGUGCAAAAAAGAAGCCAAAGGCAGUCGAGGCCUGUGUUUUACCCUUGAAAAUCCGUCCUCCACUUUCCAUCAGAAUCCAUGUUUGACAGAUGGAUCUACAGGGAUGGCUGCAGAAGAAAUCCAGGUUGAUUGUAUUGAACUGGUCUGUACUGAGAAUUUGAUUUUGGAGGAGAAUUCUGCCUCUAUGAUCAAUGACGAAAAUGAUAAUUUCACUGGCGAUGAUCAAGAGUUCCUCCUCACUGAUGAUACAAGACAAGAAAUAAUUAUUACAUCAUUUGAUGUUUGUUGUGGCAUGGAAGAACUUCCCUUGCUAGUACUUGAUAGCGAGCCGAUGAAUGAAGUGGAGGGCAAUAUCAAGAAUGAUUCCGAAGAUAACUCAUCAUGGUUGGAAAGAAUUGAAAUUAAAAGGCUGGAAGAGGAAGUAGAUACUGAAAGGAUUAUGGAAGAAGAAACUAAAUCAGUGAAUCUGAUUGAAGAAGAUGAGGAGGGAUACUCCAGCGAAGAAUAUGUUAUGGGGGAAGAGGCAGUUGGCGCUGAAAAGAUGACUGCUGAUACGACUGUAGCAAUGCUUUGGGUUGAAGAUGAGGAGGAGGAGGAGGAUAGCAGUGAAGAAUAUGUUAUGGACGAAGGUGACGAGAGUUCAGAAGAAACAGGAAGCACUUCCGCUGAGACCAAUGCUGAGGUAAUUUGGCCAGCAGAGUCAAUGGAGGUAUUGUCACUGGAGCUCAAGAACAUCAUGAUAAACACGCAAAGUUUGGAAUCGAAAGAGAAGAUUGUGGAGGAAGAUGGAAGUACCAAAAUUGAAGAGUUAUUCAAUAGAGGCAUUGCCACCGGAAGUAAAGAGCACCUCAGUAAACCUGCAAGGUUCAUAAUAAUCAACUGA